UGCGAAUUGGAGUCGGAGUCAGAGUCAAUACAAGCAUCUUCCCAAGUCCCUAUCUAAUUAAUAAGAUGAAGAGUGCGACUGUUGGGUGGUUGUCUACCUCAGUGCUGCCUUUGCUUCCUCCAGUUGUGUGCUACAGUCUCCCCACCACUGCAUUUUAACCGUGACUUAUUCGAGGCAAGUGAGGUUUCUCAAGCUACCAAAGUCAAAGCUGUUGUCGGACUCGGACACCGUCACCACCAGCAUAAUAGAUUGCAGGCUCGGCAUAGCUCGGCAUAGCAUAACAGAGUUUUGUUGUCACUGCCAAUUUCAGUGACCAUAGAUGAUCUCAAGAACUCCUGGACUUGCUGGGUCGGAAUCCGUGAUCACAAGAUCCCGAUUGGAUUGGAUCUGCAGCAAGCCCGAGUCCUCGUCCCAACGGGAAUCGGAGUUGGUUGGAGGAAUCAUCAACAUCAAUAGAAUGAGCUGAAUUCUUGGAGAGCAAGCGGCCCAACGAGGCCACGCGGAUCCGAUCCGAUCCAAGCAGCCUUCUCUGUUCCUCGCCAAUUCAGCGUUCGUCGACCGCGCCGACCAUGCCGCCGCCACGGAGAGGAGCGCGCCGUCGGACCGCCGCCGCCGCCGCCGCCGCCAAGUCCCCGCGCGCCAGCCGCCGGCUCUCCGUGCGGCGCGGCGAGCCGUUCAAGCGGGAGAGCCGAGGCGGCGGGGGCGCCGCCGCGGCGGGGGACGACGACGGGCUGCCGCUCGACGACGAGUCCCUCCUCCUCGUCUUCUCGGCGCUCGCGGCCACGGUCGCCGACCUCGUCCGCUGCGCGGCCACGUGCCGGCGCUGGCGCCGCCUCGUCUCCGCCGACGCCGCCUUCAUCUGCCGCCGCGCGCCGCCGCGGCUCGCGGACCCCUUCGUCCGGAGCCUCGUGCUCGGCUUCCUCCACUGGCGCACCGACGCCGCCGCCGCCGCGCCGCCGCGGUUCGUGCCCCUGUCCCCCGCCGGCGCGCGCCUCCAGCCCUCGCUCUCCGCGCUCGCGGGCGGCGCCUCCCGCGUCGUGGCGUCCCGGAACGGCCGCCUCGUCCUCGACCUCCGCCGCCGCGCGAGCGCGAGGGCUACCCACGCCGUCAGGCUCGGCGUCUGCAACCCGGUGACCGCCGGCGGCCGCGGCGGCGUCGACGUGCUCCCGCCCCUGCGCGGCAGGGACGGCCCCACCGGGCCCUACGCGUGCACGGUGGUCACCGCGGCCGACGAGCACGGCGGCGGCGAGGACCGGCGCGCCUCGCACUCGCAGCACGAUUCCUACCGCGUGCUCCUCCUCUACAACCGCCGCAGCUUCACGGCGCUCCGGUGCUACUCCUCCGACGCGGGCAGCUGGGGGCCGGAAGCCGCGGUGACCGGCGCCAGGAUCGGCAGGAGCCAGCUCGCCGUCGGACCGCACGCCGCCGUCGUGCGCCACGGGGUCGUGUUCUGGCCUCGCCUCGCCAUUGCUCUGCGGCUAGACUCUCUACAGCAGCAGCCGCCAGCGGUGCCCGCGGCGAGGAGCAAAGGCAAGACGCCGCCGCCACGGCACGCCGUGGCCGGCUUCUCCCCCGCUGCGCGGCACCGCCCCUCGAGCCAGGCGGCGGAGCGGUUGCUGGGAGUGACGCCGGACGGGCGGAUGCUCCGGGUGGAAGCCGACACCGAGACGAUCCGUGCCUACUGCGGCGGCGACGGCGACGGCGACGGAGGAGACAUCCGCGGCGCCAGCGCCAGCUUGACGGGCGAAAAGCUGGAGUGGAAGUGGACGAUGAAGCAGGCGCUGAUGAAGGUGCACACGGUGAGGCUGCGGUGGCUCUGCGAGAAGAGCGGCCUCGUCGUCUUCACGGCCAGGAAUGGCGGUGACCUGGACACGCACGUCUACACGGUGGACGUGGAGACGAAGCAGUUCAGGAGGGUGGCGACUUGCAGCGGCGAGCCGGCGUCGUUGGGGGAGAUGUGCGGGUACGAGAUGGACCGAGUCACGCUCCUGGCCUCGCUCGGCCGGUGAAGGAAGGCCUUCGACAUUCCAAGCUCACAAUGCGUGUUUCGAAAGUUGAAAUUAAGUUUCUUGGCCAAACUUCUUUUGAACGUUGUUGGAUAAUGUAGAUUCUUUUAAAAGGAAGAAAGAUCUCCAAAGAAGGAUUGCAUUGGAGUAGGGAUAUCAGACCAUCCAAGAGCUUCUUUCAAACAAGAUCAAGUAAACCAGGCCAUCACACAGCCAAAAAGAACAUGAUCCACAUCUUCUCCCACA